UUCUCUCACUAAAAAAAUAAAAAGAAGAGAGAGAAACUGAAAUGCAGAAUCUUGGCGGGCUACCAGAAUCCGUAGCGUUAUCCGGCAAGCUAACGUCGUUCGCCGCCGAAUGCUGGUUCAACGACGCCUGCGUUUCCGACACCGAUUAUUUCAUCAAGAUUCUGUCGGGCCUCCAGGGGAAAGGUGUACGGCCCGAUUUAAUCGGCUCAAUCAUCGCCCACUACGCUUCAAAGCGGCUCCCCGAUUUAUCCGGAGACCGGGCCGCCCUGACCGGGCCCGUCGGGCCCACCGGCGACGACUCGCCGGAAAGCCUCACCGCUUCGUGGGUGAAGAAGAAGCUGUUCAUCGAAACCCUAAUCGGAAUCCUCCCACCGGAGAAGGACUCCAUCCCCUGCAACUUCUUACUCCGCGUUCUGCGCGUGGCCAACAUGGCCGGAGUUGGGCCGGCGUUCCGGUCCGACCUCGAGAGCCGGGUUUCCCGGCAGCUCGACGGCGCCACGCUGGAGGAGCUGAUGAUACCGUCCUUCAGCCAUACGAGCACAACGCUGCUCGAUUUCGAGCUGGUGGUUCGGCUGGUGAACGGGUUCGUGAACUCCGAGGAUGUUUCCAGAGGCGGCGCCGCCCUGAUGAAGGUGGCGAAGCUGGUGGAUUUGUAUCUGGCUGAGGCGGCGGUGGAUUCCAAUUUGGGGUUGACUGAGUUCGUUGACCUUGCCGGCGCACUUCCCAGCCAUGCACGCUCUACAGAUGAUGGAAUAUAUCGCGCCAUUGAUACAUACCUCAAAGCACAUCCAGGAUUGACAAAGCAAGAGAGGAAGAGAGUGUGGGGUCUAAUCGAGAGCAGAAAGCUUUCGGCAGAGGCGUCUCACCACGCAGCACAAAACGAGAGGCUGCCCGUUCGGGCGGUGAUCCAAGUGCUCCUAUCGGAGCAGAACAAGAUCGUGAAGAACAUCGACUGGAGCGGGUCCCUCAUUGGGGCCCGCAGCCCGGGAAUGUUCGGGCUGGAUGGGCCCGCCCGGUGCGUGUCGAAGAGAGAGACUAUCACGCAGAUGGAGAUAAAGAGGUUGAAGGAAGACGUACUUGUGCUCCAAUGCCAGUGCAUGAACAUGGAAAAGCAGAUUGAGAAGCUGUUGGAGAAGAAGAAGAAAGGGUAUAAUUUCAGCUGGAAAAAGCUAUGGAAUGUUAAAUAAUUAAUUACAUGUGUAGUUACUAAUUACAUAAUUAAUUAUUGUGUUAUUGACAAUAUUAAUUACUUUGGAGUCAGUUUUAACUUCUCAAAUAAUCAUGAUGAUUUUUUAU